GUCCGCAGCCCAUUGGGUGCGGGCCACCCCGCCCCGCGGCUCCGGAGCCCGGCUUGGUGGUCAGCUGGCCGCCGCGAAGCUGGGACCAUGGACUUGGCGGUGGCCGUGACUGUGGGAUUCCUACUCCUGGCCCGGGGUUCGGUGGGCGACGAGGCCCGGGAGGCCGCGGCCGUGCGUGAGCUGGUGGCCCGGCUGCUGGGGCCCGGCCCUGCCGCCGACUUCUCCAUAUCGGUGGAGCGCGCCCUGGCGGCCGAGUCGGGGCUGGACACCUACAGCCUGAGCGGCGGCGGCGCGACGCCCGUGCGCGUGCGCGGUUCCACUGGCGUGGCGGCCUCCGCGGGACUGCACCGCUACCUGCGCGACUUCUGCGGCUGCCAGGUGGCUUGGUCGGGUUCCCAGCUGCACCUGCCGCGGCCGCUGCCCGCCCUGCCGCAGGAGCUGACCGAGGCCACGCCCAACAGGUACCGCUAUUACCAGAAUGUGUGCACACACAGCUACUCCUUCGUGUGGUGGGACUGGGCCCGCUGGGAGCGAGAGAUUGACUGGAUGGCAUUGAAUGGCAUCAACCUGGCGCUGGCCUGGAGUGGUCAGGAGGCCAUUUGGCAGCGGGUGUACCUGACCUUGGGCCUGACCCAGUCAGAGGUUGAUGAGCACUUCACUGGUCCUGCCUUCCUAGCCUGGGAGCGCAUGGGUAAUCUGCACACCUGGGAUGGCCCCCUGUCCCACUCUUGGCACCUCAAGCAGAUUUAUCUGCAGCAUCGGAUUCUGGACCGAAUGCGCUCCUUUGGCAUGAUCCCAGUGUUGCCGGCAUUUGCAGGGCAUGUCCCCAAGGCCAUCAUCAGGGUGUUUCCACAGGUCAAUGUCACCCAGUUGGGCAGCUGGGGACACUUCAACUGCUCCUACUCCUGCUCCCUCCUUCUGGCUCCUGGAGAUCCCAUAUUCCCUCUCAUUGGAAGCCUCUUCCUAUGGGAGUUGACCAAAGAGUUUGGCACAGACCACAUCUAUGGGGCUGACACCUUCAACGAGAUGCAGCCUCCUUCCUCGGAGCCCUCCUACCUCGCUGCAGCCACCUCUGCUGUCUACGAAGCCAUGAUUGCUGUGGAUCCUGAUGCUGUGUGGCUGCUCCAAGGCUGGCUCUUCCAGCACCAGCCCCAGUUCUGGGGCCCUGCCCAGGUCAAAGCUGUGCUGGGGUCUGUGCCCCAUGGUCGCCUCCUGGUUCUGGACCUGUUUGCUGAGAGCCAGCCUGUGUACAUCCGCACAGCCUCUUUCUAUGGCCAGCCUUUCAUCUGGUGCAUGCUGCAUAACUUUGGGGGCAACCACGGCCUGUUUGGAGCCCUGGAGACUGUGAACCAAGGUCCCCAUGCAGCCCGCCUCUUCCCCAACUCCACCAUGGUAGGCACUGGAAUAGCCCCUGAGGGCAUUGGCCAGAAUGAAGUGGUCUAUGCCCUCAUGGCGGAAUUGGGCUGGCGCAAGGACCCAGUGCCGGAUUUGAUGGCCUGGGUGAGCAGCUUUGCUACCCGGCGAUAUGGAAUCUCUCAGCAGGAUGCUGAGGCAGCCUGGAGGCUGUUGCUCAGGAGUGUCUACAACUGCUCUUGGGAGACCUGCAGUGGGCACAAUCGCAGCCCUCUGGUCAAGCGGCCAUCCCUACAGAUGAAUACUACUGUCUGGUACAACCGAUCAGAUAUAUUUGAGGCCUGGAAGCUGCUGUUAACAGCUGCUCCCAACCUGACUGCCAGCCCAGCCUUCCGGUACGACCUGUUGGAUGUCACCCGCCAGGCAGUCCAGGAGCUGUUCAGCUUGUACUAUGAGGAGGCGAGGACUGCUUACUUGAACAAGGAUCUUGUUACCUUGCUCAGGGUUGGAGGCCUCCUAGCCUACAAGCUCUUGCCUGCCCUGGAUGAGGUGUUGGCUAGCAACAGCCACUUUUUGCUAGGCAGCUGGUUGGAUCAGGCCCGGGCAGUGGCUGUCAGUGAGGCUGAGGCCCAAUUCUAUGAACAGAACAGCCGCUACCAGCUGACCCUGUGGGGGCCAGAGGGCAACAUCCUAGACUAUGCCAAUAAGCAACUGGCAGGACUUGUAGCUGAUUACUACCAGCCACGCUGGGACCUCUUCCUGGAGACCCUGGCUCACAGCCUGGCCAAAGGUGUCCCUUUUCAACAACACCAGUUUGAUAAGGAUGUGUUCCUGCUGGAGCAGGCCUUCGUUGUCAGCAGGAAGAGAUAUCCCAGCCAGCCCCAAGGUGACACCGUGGACCUAGCCAAGAGGAUCUUCCUCAAAUAUUACCCCAAGAGAGUGGCUGGCUCUUUGUGACAGGUACCUCCAGGAACAGGCCCCAAACCCUGGAACUGGACAAGUAUAGGGUAUUUCCCAUGCCUGGGAGAAGGAGCCAAAGCCUACCAGUUGGGUGACACAGAUGACUUGGAGGAAAAGAACUUCUCUCUUCCAAACCACCUGAUUUGGGGUUGAAAUACUGUUUUCUGUUAAUAAACUGCUGAAUCAGCCUGGAUGAAAAGGUCACUGCCAGCUGGACAUGGUGGCUCAUGCUUUAAUCCCAGCACUUGGGUGGCAGAAGCAGGUGGAUCUCUGUGAGUUCAAGGCCAGCCUGGUCUACAGGGAGA